AUGAGAAGUAGAAGACGUCUGAUUGCCAAUCUGGCAGUAUGGAUUUUAGUCAUUUACCUUAUGAUACAAUGUGGGAUUUUUGUCUACAAACUGGAAGAUAGAUCAGUAACAGGUAAAUUUGUUGAACAUGUCCGUUAAUUCUUUGUUCUUCUAUACAGAGUCUGGGCUCGGGCCUUGUUAAAGCUGUAGAGUCGGAUCUUUAAAACAAUCUUUUGGCAUAUCCCUGAUCGAGAGCCAAAGCAAAGGGCAUAGAGUGGUACCUCGAGUAACGUGGGCCUCGGAAAAUUUUGGCCCGUUCUCGAAAUGUCGGAAGUGUUUUUGAUGGGUCUCGAAGUCUCUUUUUCGGCUUCGUUUUGCCUCUCGGAGUUUCGAAUUAUUUUUGGCUGACGGGUCUCGGAUCAAGUCUCAGAUUUGUCGCUUUUUGUUUCUGUAUUGUCUUUACUUAUGAACUCUGAAAAAUUUGACUCGUACAGUCCAGGGUACAGCUUAUCGAACAAGGCGGUAAAACAAAAUAAAGCAGUAUACUGGUGGGCUUUCGCUAGCUUCCAGUGGAGUUUUCACUCAUUUUAUAAAGCUUUAUCUGUAGCAAUGUCUCGAAUUCGAAAUUUUCGGCGAUUAGAAUCUCAGGCUCAGAUUUUUUAGAAGUAAAGUCUCGGGCUCGAAUUUUGAAACCAAGAUCUCGCAGUCUUGCAAGAUCUCGAAUUUACCUGCAUUCUACACCCCUAAAACGUGAACAAUCGUCUCUAUGAACGACAAGUUCUAACGCCUAUUUAAAUGCACUGACCCCAUCUAAACACGUUCUAAAGCCAAGUAAGAUAAUCUAAUACUGGGAAUCAUGGCACAAAUUUGAUGAUUAGAGGCUAAAAUUGUAGAAAAACAUGAACAUCUUUCACAUUUUUCAUGAAAAAUUUCAUGUUCUUUCAUGAACAUUUUUCACGCAAUGCAAAAUGACCAUGGAAAUUUCCAACGUCAUUUGCCAAAAUAAAAAAAAAAAAGAUGAUGGAAAUUUCCAACAUCUUUUUCAAAAUCAUCUUACUAUCAUCACGUUAGUAAAUCUUACCAACAUUAAGUGUACGUUACUAAACUUCGUUUCAAACGUCGCGCUACUGCUGUGCGGAACUCAAUUUGUAAAUUAUAAAUACAUUAGAAUACAUUUAAAAGUUUGCUAAACCGUUUCUUUAUUUUGGUGUUUUGUUUUCGAAAAUUUCCGUUCUAUUCGACUGAAUUAAAUUCGACGUCUGAAACCAAGUCGUGCUAGUGUCGUGCUGCAGUCGAACUACAGUUGAGCCAGCUUAGCACGGCAGUAGCACGACGUUUGAAACAGGCCUAAAUAAUGUCUGACGAAAGUAAAGAAUGAUCACUCAAUCAUCUCUUGGAAUACAUGACAAUGUGUAAAGUUCCUUGACAGUCUGUUUUUGAAAAAUCAAUAAUUUCUGGUUUUCCGAAGACAGCUUGUUGUUGUCGUCGUGUGCAAAAUCUACUUUUUUUACAGACCACAUGCUUUUAGUUUUUUUACAGCAUCUCUUCAUGAUCAUUUUUAGCUUGCCAGGGCUGCCAUUCUUUUCAGUCCGUGAUCCUUUCCAAAGUUCAGUAUCGGAAAGCGUCUCACUUUUCACCUUCCUCUAUCAGUAAUUUUUUUUCUCAGUAGCCUUGUAUGUUUGAAAACUACUGCAAAUACGUUCCUUUUAAGAGCCACCUAUGCAUUGGAACAGAAGAGGACCAGCUUAAACCUGGAAACGAAAAAAGAUGCAAUCAUGAGUAUGCAAGUGCUGCCCUCGUUUUCCCUGUUUUUCGGGCCCAGGCUGAAUAUUCUAAUUCUUCUGUCGAUCUUACGCUGAGAAUAUUCCUGUAAUUAUUCUUAAAUUAUAGCUUAUGACAUUUUCGUUUCAGAAUACAUUAGGGCAUCAUGAUCAAUUAAGGUUAGUGCAGGUUUUUUCGUUUUGUUUACUUUGCCGUCUAGAGAAAAGAAUCAGUUAAAAAGGUAUAUUUGAAAGAUAUUUAGAGACUGUUAACACACAAAAGACCCGAAAACAAUAUCCUUUUCAAAAUCUCUGCCUGGAGUUUAUUCUUAAAAUAUUCUUAAAUUUUUGCAAAUUUCAACCUCGAUAUCCUUAUAAAAUAUAUCCUUAUAAAAUAAAAAGAGUGCAUGGCGUGUUCCUAUCCGUUUUGAACAAUUUUAGAAACUAACUUGCCAUUUUGUUUUUUGCCGCAAGCGAUAUUCUUUGCGAUCAGCAUGAUUUCUUAGUUGCUACGAAUGCUUUGUUUUCAAAACGUGACCAGAGAAUUUCCUGCUGUGGAAAUUUAACUAGUAAAUUAAUAUCAUAGGUGACGAAUUACUCCUUAAUUUUGGCGCGAAAUUUCAGCGUUAAUUUGUCAUUUCACAUGUGAAAUUACAAAAUUGCCAUGGCAACCUUCUGUACGUCUGUCGUACGUAUGUCAAGAUGGCGACGAAGUUUUAAAAUGCCGUGAAUGAAGAUGUCAGGGCACAAAAAGACGCUUUAAAAAACCUGAACACACAAGAGAACAUAAAGAAGGAUUCCAGCAGGUAUUUUGCCAAAAUAGUCUGAAAAAUUCUGAACUUUAUAAGCCAAAUUUAAGGUCUAAACAUUUGAGAGAGUGGAGUUCUCGAUCGAUACGAUCCAGGAUAAACAUGUAAAAAAUUCCAGAUUGCUAACGUAAUUCGUCACCCAUGAUAUUAAUAGGUAAUCAAAUGGUGUACUCGUGAAAUUAGGGAAUAAUUUCACUUCACUUGUCCAAAUCCUAAUAAUUUCCCUGGCCAAAAAACGUAAUGUGAUAAGGUGUCAACCUUGUCAUAUGCUACUACUGACAGUGGUAAUCCUUUUGAAAGCUCAGAACGUGAUCAAGAUCAUGUAGUAAAAAGCAGAUGAAAAUACAACCCUUUUCAUUAUAAAAAUUAAAAUAAAGCUUUUGCUCAUAGUAAAUUUUACGCCUUGCAAUGAUCAGGAAAUAAAACGGAAGAACGAAUUAUCUUUUUUUAAAAUAUAUUUUCUCUUUCAAACUUAAAUGCUUCAAGGCUAAGCGAGAUUUUGCCUUUUGUGACCGGCCGAUGCAAUGCUACUGAUCUGUAGCGAUGACACGGAGUCCAGUGUAAAUUGAGCCCGCUUUUUAGGCAUGCGAUUGCCUGCGGUCUUUGUUUAUGCGUCGUAAUAUCGUCUUAAGGUGAACUCGACCCAGUUUUUUUUUUUUGGGGGGGGGGGGGUACCAUCCUACUUUGAAGCGCUCUGGUAUCCCCACCUUUACUUUUAUCGUAAGUCUAACACAUAGAAUGGAUAACAUAUAGACCAAUCUACAAUAUAACACAAAACGUUUGGCGAUCGGAGUAAGUGUCACAUGGUUAGAAUGCCACGCCCCUUUGAGGUCUGAGUCGAAAAUCUGCUGUUGUCGGCAUUUUUUCGUGAAAAUCGCUCGGCUACGUAUAGUGCGCAUUACUGCCUUGCGUUGAGCAAAGUUUCACCAAAAUCGCAAAGACCCAAUGCGAGAAAUUCAGCGGUUUCCAAAUUUAGGUCAUAAUUUAUGCGAAAAUGAUAAGCAAACUUUACACGAUUAUAUCUAAUAAACUAUGAAAUUUAUCCCUUUAUUAUUGGGAUCUUUAUAGCAGAUGGGUUCUUGCAAGUCAGCACAAAACUUUAGGGCCUUGUAAAUGCGCUCGAUUUCGAGCAAUGCAAACAUAUAGAAAUUAUAGUUUUAGCUAUUUGUUGACCUUUGUCAGCGUUUAAAAGUUCUUCUCACGAAAAAAGCAUUUUCUUAAAAAUUCGUAGUUUUUUUUCCUUCAAAAUUUUUCAGGGCCACAAUUGAUUAACUAACUACCCGGAUUCUGAAUUUCAAGGUCAUUGAAAAACUGUGACAUUAUCUUCUAUAAGCCCAAACUUGCGUAAACAUUGAAGAUUUUUAGCGUUUUGGCUGAGUUUGUGCUUUGGAAGUUUUCUUUUGUUUCUAGUCUGUCAUGAUACAGCAUUCUUGUUCAGCACGCGUGCAAUCACCGUGCUUGGCUGACUUCCGAAUGCUCACCGAGAUAUGAUAAUUUAGUACAAGAAGAUAGAAGGGAUUCCCGUCACGUAACGUCUCCAGCAAGCUGAGUGUAUACGUCAUCCCGAGAAUUAAAAACUCUAAAAAGAAAAUGGCCGGGGUGUUGAAUGCUAUUCGGGCGAGAGAGGAAGUUCACGGAGAAGAGAUUGUGUAGCAUCGUGAGUUAAACAUCUAUAUAUGUAUCACGCGAUCGCCUGUCUCACCGUACCAAAAUUAUCAUAUCUCGGUGAGCAUUCGGAAGGCAGCCAAGCGUGGUCAUUGCACGCGCGCUGAACAAGAAUGCUGUAUCAUGACAGACUAGAAACAAUAGACAACUCCCAAAGCACAAACUCAGCCAAAACGCUAAAAAUCUUCGAAAUCUAAAUCGCGCGCAUUUACAAGGCCCUAAAGCUUUUUGCUGACUUGCCAGGACCGAUCUGUUAUAACGAUGCCCAAAAUAAAGGGAUGAAUCUCAUAGUUUAUUAGAUAUAAUCGUGUAAAGUUUGCUUAUCAUUUUCGCAUAAAUUAUGACCUAAAUUUGGAAACCGCUGAAAUUCUCGAAUUGGGUCUUUGCGAUUUUGGUGAAACUCUGUUCAGCGUAAGGCACUAAUGCGCACUAUGUGUAGCCGAGAGACUUUCACGAAAAAAUGCCGGCAACAGCAGAUUUUCGACUCAGACCUCAAAAGGUCGUGGCAUUAUAACCACGUGACAUUUACUCCGAUCGCCAAAAAUUUUAUGUUAUAUUGUAGAUUGAUCUAUGUCGUAUCUGAUAGUCAUCUUAAGUGAGUAGGUUUUGGGAAUGGGUCCUUGAUAAUAUACUUCUCUUACUGACAUCUGAAGCAUGCCCUAUUUAGAAAAUAUUGUUGUUUGCAGUAGCGCUGGAUCAUAAAGGGUUGUUAUUAAUAAUGGCUUGAAUUGAGGGCGGUCUUUAGUCCGCUAAUAUCUCUUGCUGCUGAGUUUUGUAUCUUUUUCUGUGCAUUUAGGAUAUGGCUGGAUUUUAUUCCGUUUUGCCUUAAACUGCAGGGGAAUGAACAAGUAAUAGUUUUCCUUGGUAUUGAGACUCAUUUAAUUGCAAGUCAUGUAUUUAUGAAGUCAGAACCUAGUAUUAUCAUUUUAACAACUACCGACCUUUAGAUGCUCCAGAGCCCUUGAUAAGCAAAAUAUGAACUUUACACGUUUAUGUGUCUAAAAGCUUUUCACUCAUAUGAAAACUCAUAUCAUAAAGAUUUAAAAAGGUUGAAACUUUUGAAAUCUAAUAUUAAGCAAACCCUUUUUCUUAACUUUGAUCAUUUUUAGGCUUGUGUCUGCAAUUAUCUUGACAGGCAUUAUACUUUAAUGACUACAGAAAAAAAUGGCGCUCCAGUUCAAAAACUCACUUAUUCCAAGAAAAACUUAAUGGACUGCAUCAGCGCCUAAAAAAUGAUCUUGAGUGAAAACAAAAGAAGCUGAAAUCUUUAUUUUUAGAAAAUAGUUACCCAAUAUACAUGGACCAUCUUCUUGACCUCUAAAUGUAUGUCUUAGUGCGGAAAAAAUAAGAUUUGCUCAGUUAAGUUUAGAACGCUCCACGCGCGGCAUGUGCGGAAAAAAUAAGAUUUGCUCAGUUAAGUUUAGAACGCUCCACCCGCGGCAUAGUGACCAACGCGCGACAAAGAAAACCCCUGUUGAUCAAGCAAACUCUAAGAUCACGUUUCACAUUAUCACGAGUUUAUAAGUCGUGUUUAUUUCAAACAUUUAAGAGAGUCUUUCUAGACUGCUUGCAGCCAGCCUUUUUUUUUUUUUUUUGCAUAGACCAUUGACAUGAGCGCUAAAUGUAAGUCUUAGUGCGGCAGAAAAAAUACAAUUUUAAAACUUUCCAUGCGUGGCAUAGUGACCAACGAGCGACAAAGAAAAGAAGGAAAACCCCUGUUGUUCAAGCAAACUCUAAGGUCACGUCUCACCAUAUUACGAGAUUCUAAGUCGUGUUUAUUUCAAACAUUUAAGAAAGUCUUUCUAGCCUGUUUGCAGCCCGCCUUUUCUCUUAAAAUCUGAUCUGUUUAGUUCUUAUUCCAGCUAGCGAGAUUGUAAACAACGACUUUACAAUAGAGAAUUUACCCUGGGUGCCAGAGACUUUCCAUGCCCCCGCUUUCCGUUUUUCGGCCAAAGAUUUUCAGUGAAAUCAGUGAAGGUCGAGACGCCCUCGUUUAGCCGUUCGCGGCCGCUCGUCUGCAUGGUUUAUGCCUUGGGUAACUUUGUAAAGAAAAAUAAAAGCUGACUGCUCGCAGUUUAUAGUCGUUCAGGCAACGAAUACAUUUCUCUUGUAACAAAAAGGCCUUCCGUUGGAAAAAUAAAUAUUGUACUAAAAAAUGUUGCCUAAACCUUCGCAAACUGACUAAAGAAUUCUAUGUAAGAUUUGUUUUCGGAAUAAUUGUUACCAUUUAGUUUGCUUCGCUUUUAGCCAAAUAUUAUAUGACACACGAUUUGCAGCUCACACGCAAAUUGUUCCCACGCGUUUUAUUCGCCGUUUGUCGCGCCUUGCUUUGAAAGGUCCCUCGAAUUUUUUUUCUGUGUUUCCAUUGAGUUCAAUGAAUCAAAUUUCUAAUUAAUUUUGUUAAGCUGUCAAGCGAUGACUUGAGAAUAAAAUGAAACAUUCAGUCGUUAUGAUUUAGAGAGGAUCGUCUUCUUGUCAACACGUCUUUUGUUUUACAUUGCGCAAUCGGUCAUUUCAAAUGACCGACUUCGCCGAUCUCUAUUAAAGUCUUGAGGAUCCUAAUGGACUUACUUGGGAUCACUCACCGUUUCUGGGAACGGAGUCAUCUUUCUACCGACGCUCAAAAAUAAAUAAAUAGGCACUCGAAUUUUCAAGCGGUUCUUCAACACUCGACGAGGACGACUCGAUUUUCACUCCAGGACUGGACGAGGACUCGAUGACUCUGCGAGGAUGACUCGAUGAGGCACCAUAACUACACGAGGAUGACGCGCUGAGACACGGUUGACUCGACGACGACGACUCAACGAGGCGAUGACUCGACGAGGAUGACUCGGUGAAGUUGACUCGACGAGGUCGACUUAACGAGACGAUGACUCGACGAGGCAAGAUGUGUCGACGAAGACUACUCGAUGAGUCACGGCAAGGGAUACUUGAACCUAGUAGUCAGGGUUGUUGACAAUUGAAAGGGACAUUUGUUUUGCGAAAUUUUUUUUUUCCAGUAUUUGAAUUGUUAAAUCUUUAUUGAAAUUAUGGUCAUUUAUCCAAUUUUUAUUCGGCUGUUUUAUUUUACUCAUCAAUCCAUUGUUCUGAAAUGCUAAAGUUUCAUAUCAUUUUCAUCUACAUAAUUAUUAUAUGUAUAAGUUAGUCAGCCUUUGACUUUUUAUAGUUCAGGAAUAGACAGUACUAACGGUAUUGGCGGUCUCAUAGGCGCGUUAACACGUUGGAUCAGCCUGUAAACCCAACCUUAUUUUUUCUCGUUCCUAAGAAAUAUGUGCUCGUGUUUCCAAUGUACAUGUUGCAGAGGGUUACCUAUUUUCUGGCAGCAGCAGGAAUAGUUGUAAGAAGUACAAGAUUGGGAAGAUUAUCAUUCAGACAAUACCUGCGUGCAAGAAUCUAGAGGUUUAAGAACUUUCUGACGGAAAUUUGCCAUCCUAAUACUCACAACUAUACUGAAUAUAUAACAACCUUUUUAGCCCCAAAAACGGAAGAAAUCAAGCAGGUUCUUAAAAAAGGAGUUUGAAGUUUGCAAAUUGAUAAGACAAGAAAAUACUGUAACAAACUGUACCACUGUGAGUCUUGUAAUUCCAGAACAAAAACAGGGUUAUAAAAAGUACAGAUUGUAAUUGUCUUCGUUUCGGGUCGGGAAAUCCAUUUUCUUUAAACUUUGCCCAUGAAUAUAUCUUAGUCUGCGACACUUGUAUUACUGUACCAGGUCAAAAUUAAGAAAUGGCAAACGUGCAGCGUGCAACCAUGGAGUUAUGGAUGCACGCGGGAGGUUGCUAAGCACGAAAGAAGCCUAAGAGUCCGGCCGAGUGCGACUCCGAGCUUCUUGAGUGCUUAGCAAACCUCCCAGGCGCAUCCAUAACUCCAUGGUUGCACAGCUGCAACGUUUACCAUUUCUUUUAUAACAUAAUCAAAAGAGAAAAACAUCAUUUUCCAUUUGCCUUCGGUUGAGUCAUCGGUCCGAGUUCAUGUAUGCUGCCAUCUGUCCGCCUCUUUGAGUUUUUCUUUCGCUGAAUCAACCGUUCUCCGUCUUCAGGUAAAUUGCAAAACGUUUUUCGUUGUUAUUCUGAAUGACAUCUGCCUACUUGCUCUUAAUAUUGGGGUAAAAACUCUGAGGGAAAACUAUAGCUGCAGCUAUAAACACCAUGCCAACUAAAAAGACUCUAAAAAGUAAGCUAAAAACUAAAGUAAAUGAAAUAAUUAUCAAGCUUAUUUAUGUGACAAUUCUUGAAAUAAACGUAAAGUAGAAAUGAGAAAAUUUGACUGUAAUUCCUUUAGAAUAACAGGUAACACUAAUUUUAAAAAGAAAUUAACUCGCUUUGUAUCGAAAUCUGUCUGGGGAAAUCCAGCUAUGAAAGUCAAACUUGCAACUGAAAUUCGCCGGCGCUGAAGCUGUCGUUUUUCGACCGUUCUCUAAACGACUGUUAUGAAUGAACACUGAGGAACAAACUAAUACACACAGAAGUUUUUUUUGGAAAAACUUAUUUGAGAACCCAAAUGUUUCUGUACUCAAAUGAAAUUUGCUUAUUCUAGCGUAAUGUGCCCGUUUAAACUCAACUAAAAUUUUUAAUCGAUGCGAUCAAAACUUCACAACAAAGCUGUCUCUAAUUUGAGCGUGUUUCCUAAAACAUUUGCUUGAAUUUAGCAUCAGCUUGACCAAAAAGUCAAUAACACAAUGCUAAUUGAUAAACUUACAUUUCAAACAGACUUUCUCUUCUAUAAAAUACACACAAAAUCUACCUUAAAUCGUCGCUCGCUAGAAUUUCCUUCAGCCGAUUCUAGCGGCGAGGAAAACAGCGAUUAAUUCAUCCAGGGCAAAUUUGUCGCUUGAUCUUUUGUCUUUUUUUCCUUCAAAACGUCAGCUUAGUAUUUUAUUCAAAUUCCACUUUUCAUCUGUGCAUUUCAUCGGUGUAUUUUACCGUCCGGAGAGAUUUGUUGAAUUUGCCUAAAUUUUACCGCGCUAGCUCAGUUUUUUGGCGUGCACCCACGGCAAAUGGGAGUGGCUAACUGACCAAUCAGAGCGCGCAGUUUACUUUUGUUAUGUUAUAAUAAAUAUUGCCAGGCAAAACGGCUAUGCCAAGCAAAACGUCAUUCUGCUGCAUUUUUUAGCAAAUGAACCGCGCCGCGAACUAUCAGAAAUUAGGAAAAAAGAAAAACCUUUUACACCCAGGGUACUAUCCGUGAGAAUGCAGAACUGAGUCCAGCAAUUAAGACGAAACAUAGCAGGAAAUCAUCACAUUCAUUCAAAGUACGUCAUUCAAACAAAGCUUCUUCCUUGAGCAACGUUGAUUCAGUUGUUGGAUGUUCGCUUAAAUUGUUUGGAAGUUUAGCCAGAGAUUUCUUUGCCACACUUCCAAAAGUAAACAUGAAAGUCGAGAUCUCCGAAUUACAACCCGGGAUUUUAUUGUUUGUUAUGAACAUCGCAACCGGUUUUGUAAUCUCAUGCGGUGAAGUUUUUCAAUGCAGCCAACCAAGUUCACUGUUACAGCGUUAAUUCCCUGCGGACGUGGGAGUAACCAAUCGGCGACCCAGUUCAAAUUCUGAACUGAUUUCUCGCUUGGAAAUGAGGUUGCUUGCUUGUGUGACCAGAGGUCCGUCUCCGGAGCCUUAUCAAACCGUAAGCACGGUUUAUUUCAUAUUAGGUAGUUUGAGAACGGACCUUUGGAGCCAUGGUAACCAAUCAAAUGAAUCAUACAAAAAAGCAAUUGUAGCCGGCCGAACAUGGCUAAAUAUACAUAUAAAUAUCACACAAACUUAUUAAUUUAUUCAUUUGUUCGUCGCAUGUGAAAACAGUGAAGAUCGACGUUUGUCCCGGAGACGAUCUUCAGGCGUUCUAUCCGUCUGAGGCAGACGCAGAAUGUGUUGGACGAUCCAAACUCAUUCAGACGAACUUAAUUAACCGAUCCAGAGGUCGAACUUUUCAUGAACUUAACGCACUAAGUUUGGUUCGUCUCAUGAAAAGUUCGACGUUUGGCCUAGGCCUUACUGAUAUUUUACUGUUAUUAAACUUAACGUUUGGUGAUUCCUCGAUUUAGCUUGUAUAUCAAUUACAAUACAGAUUAGCAUGACAAAUUAAUGCCCGCCAAAGAGAAGACCCGAUUUGAGCAAAAAUAGGGUUAGCAUCCCAGUCAAUUUCGUAAGGUUUGGUCACGAGUUCCUUCCGUCAUUCGUGGGGAAGGAACACGUGCCGAAGCCCCAAGAUCAACGCCAGAAAGAUCGGAGUAAAUCCGUUAUUGUCUUAGUGGGAAAGGCGUAAAAAGAAAUGCAUAGGAUAUAAAAAGGUGAAAGGAAAAAUAUUUUGAUGAGAAAGUACAAAUGCCUCAAGUUUUGUGUUGUUGUUGUGCUAAAAUUGAAUGUUGAAAUUGUCCUUGAACUCUUAAAGAAGUAGCACCAGACCUCAGUCAUUAUUCUCUUUUGUUUGCAGAAGAAAUCGGCUUUGUUCCCAAUGAAAGAACAAACAACCUACCAAUACUGUUUCAGAACAGGGCACAUGUUCCGCUACAUAACUGCUCUAUACCUGAUGACUGGUUGUAUCCACUUUGUAAAUACAAAAUUGAGGUAACUACACUAUAUAUGGUAAAAGGUGCCUUUAACCAAUUCUGUAAAACGAGCCAAAAAAUGUUUAGUAGAGGCAAAGAAGUCUGUUAGGAGCAGGAUGUGGUAUUUACUACCGAUCCAUCGAUCCGCAGAUCCACUGAUCUAAACUGGUUCUUGAAGCAGUGAGGCGAAAAACAAAUCAAAAUUAAGUAAAGAAAAAAGAUAGCCCGACAUCUCGCUUUGAAACGCCAACCUUUUUCACCGGCAACAUUUUUUCAGUCAUGCAGGAAUUACACUGGAUUGGGGUGCUGUAUCGUGCGACCGGUAAUCUUACUUUUCAAUUUAACAGAAUUAAUAAUUUCUUUUCCAGAUGAAUCUGAUAUGCUGGCAUGCACCGUCCUAAAAAUAAUAAUCAUAAUCAUAAUCAUAAUGAUAAAAAAAAAAUGUUAGAAUAAUGAUUUAAAAAAAUGUUAUCAAUAACCUUUGAAAUUGUCGCAAUAUUUGCCUAUUCUUAUUCCGGAAUACCAUCAAUCCAACGCAUCCCAAAUUGUCUUAACUAAGGUAUAUGUUGUUGUUCAUCAAUUUCGAUCGACGAUGGCACGAGGCGAAAGGACUGGUGCAGUGUGGAGCUGUGGCUGGACUAUCCAAUACGGGUGCGGACUGCUCUGUCGUAUUCUGGACACUGGUGAAUUUCUUGGGCAGAUGGCAAGGAGAUGACUUUGCGCUUGCAUAGCUGAAGUUUCCUCUACGCUUCUGCUCUUCUUCUCGAAUAGGACAGCGACUUCAUUAAUUUUUCUACGCCAGGUUGGUAGGUCAAGUGCCAGAGUCUCCCAGGUUUCACAGCAAAACCAAAUGCCCAGCGACUGAUUGAGACAGUCCUCGUAGCGCUUCUUCUGUGCACAAUGGGAAAGUUUCUCCUUGACUAAUUCGCCUAAGGACAAUCUUUUUGGGUAAGAGUGUGUCCCAUUGUUCUAUGAUAGCAAGCCCACCUAGCCUGGGCUCUCUAGAGCAGAGUGCAUGGCGUGCGAGCUAGAAAAAAUCAGUGUCAGGGACUUCGUCGCACAGGUUAUCUUCAACUGUUUUCUUAGGCAUUUAUGGUAAAAUCGGUUAAUCUCUUGGACGUGACGCUCGUAUAAUGAGCAUGGUUCACAGGCAUACAGUAAUGAAGACAGAACCGCUGCCUUGCUCGUGAGUUUUUUCAGCUGCCUCUCUUUUGCCAAACCGUGUCACUAAGUCGUCCGUAAACUGGGCUGAACUUGGCAAUGCGUGAAUUGACCUCGUCGUCCAUUUGGGCAGAUUUGGAAAGUGUGCUGACUAGGUACGUCAACCUCUGUCAGCGGUCUUGGAAAUUUCCUCUUUGACAGUGUUGGCUGGUAUACCACACGCGUCGUCUGUGUGGCAGACUGGUGUAGAACGUCAGUUUUUUUGGCACUGAUUGUACCCCCCAAGGUUAUCGCAAGCAGUAGAAAAACAAUCUAUUCUCAAUUGCUUAUAGGUUUUGGUGGCAGUGUUAGGCGCACAGUCAUCUGCGAACAGGAAGUGACGCACUGUAACUUCGUUGGCCUUGAUCACUUAUACCUGUAGCCUACGCAAGUUGUAUAGGUUUCCAUAUAGAUACCACUAUGACUUUUUUUCUUCGACAUUGUAGACGGCAUCCGUCAACAUGGCUGUGAACAUCAUGUUGAAGAGUGUGGGAGCAAGGACACAUCCUAAGGCUUGCUUUACUCAGUUAGUGAAUGAAAAUGCUUCAGACUAGUCUGAAGUUAGUCUAGUACUCAAGAAAGCAUGCCGUCGUGAAACUUACGCACCAUGCUCAUGAACUUAUCUAGACAGCCAAACGUUGCCAUGAUCUUCCACAGGCCCUCGCAGCUAACAGUGUCAAAGGCUUUUGUCAGAUCUACAAUUGUUAUGUAGAAAUCUUUAUUCUGUUCUUGACGCUGUUCCUGGAGUAACCGUGUAACAAACACCAUGUCCACAGUUCACGGCCCUUCAUACGCCACAGUGACUUUCUGGGAGAUGGCCGUCCUCCAAGUGCUGAGUAAGGCAGUUGAAGAAGACGCUUAACACGAUCUUGUCAGCGAUUAUUAGGUGAAAAUCCCUCAGUGAUUAUCGCAUGACUGUUCAUUUCCCUUUAUCUUGUAGAGAUUUCAACAAAGGCAACCUUGACCUCCUUCUGUCAGACGGACUGAAAAUGUUCGGCUAGUUUUUUGUAAUGAGAAUGGCCCUCCUGCCUUGAAGGCUUUAGCUGGGGUGGAUUAUGAUCACUUUCUAAAAGUCCGAUUUUACUGGAGGCUUUGAUAAGGAUUUGGUGAUCUCGACUUGAGGAAUACAAGCAUAAAUAUGACUUCAAAAUUGAUAGAAAUUAAAAGGGCAUAGUUAGGACACUGUUGAAAAUUUGAGCCAUUUUUCCAGGAUGGCAUUCUUAUCAGUGACCAGAGCUGUCCCUUCAGCGUUAUGUUCCAGGGGAUUGGGGCCAAUAGAAGUCUUCAGGGCAUCAGAGAAGCGUUAAGUGUUGUUGUUGUCAGCUUCAUAUUGAAUCCCAUCUGCGAUUUUGCUGAGCCAGGAGUCCGGUGUCUCUCUGAGCUUGGAUUGCACCUUUUUUGGUGGAAUAUUAGGCUGCUUUAUAGGAAGCAGAACUGCUAUCUUGUUGAUGUGAAGUGUGGCGUUUCUCGUCAAGCAGCUUUUGGACUUCUUCAUUGUUCUCAUCAAACCAGUUUUUAUGUUUGCGUGUAUUUCUGCCAAGUUGAGGGAAUGCGGUAUCGUAUACCGUAUCUCUCUCGAACGUAAUGCCUUUCUAACUUUCUGACAUAAAGCCGCUUGUUGGUAUUUUUAGCAUGUGGGCGCCAUCUGGGCAGGAUGUGACGUGUUGAGUUUUGAGAUGAUGAGUCCGGUCAAUCCAGCAGUCUGCGCUGCACAGCCCAUCUCUUCUGCUGACGAUAACAUAAUCGAUUAGAUGCCAGCGGUUGCUGUGUCGUCAUUGUCGGCGCAUAUGCACUGAUAAUGGUGUCGUAGUAUGAGGCCAUCACUGAAUCCUUUGAGAAGGUUUUUAUAAAGUUGAUGAGAUCUAUUCUCACAGAAAAUCCCAUUCCUACUUCACGAAGUUCUUCACUGUGACGACCAAUCCAGAAAAACUUGUAACCAGGUUUAAAUACUGUGACUAUCGUCAGCUGACCUUCCAAAACUGGGUUAGAAUGUUGUACCCGCCGAGAUCUGUUACAACAAUUGUUGUCUGUCUCACAGGUUAUCAGCUUUAGGUCUUUCUGUGAGCUUCAACGCAUACCAUGAGUCGGUAGUCAAUGAUAUUUUAUCUUGAAAUUUCGACGGCAUAAACUGCAUCUCCGCCUGCCCGGGUAAGCAGGCCUGGGUAAGGCGAAGACGCGCAUGUUUAGGGCAACUUCUCUAAUCCCUUUCUUAGGCCAUGGAAGUUAAUAGAGAGAUUCCUAACGAGGACUUCUCCUCAAACACCAAGUGGGGUCCAAACUCCACCACUGCCUCGGUUCAGUAGAAAGCGACCCUAAUGUCAUGGGCCGUUGGUGUACAGGUUCUGAGACUACACCUUCCAGUCAACCUCCACCUGCUACUUCGUCACUCUCGCAUUGCCACAGGGCUUAAAAGAUUGGGGGAUGGUUGUGGAUUAACUUGCUAUAGAAUCGGAUGAAGGCGAGGAAAUGUUUCGCAGCGUCGUCAGCGUCACUCUCUAGUCCUGAGUUAUCUGUGCCAAGCGGAAAGACAUGGUCAAGGCGACUGGAGAUAAAGCAGGAUGAAGUAGAUAGCCACCAGGUUUGAGUUUUUCCACCAGUGCCCUUAAGGCUCCACACCAUCAGUUGCUUGCUGGCCGUUGGCUCACAACGAGCUCAUUGAUAAGGAGACCAAAGUUGUCAUGGCAGCAUAUACUUUCGCUUAGUCAAGCGACUAUGUUCAUAUAUCUUUCCCAAAACUAAAUAAUGCGCAUUUUAAAAAUGCAUGGUUUUACAAUCAUUCGAAAAGAUUCGGAAGCAGUUAUAAUUUAUAAGCCCAGCCUUCCAUGAUCAGUCAGUAGUACACAGUUCAUAUACAUUCAGAAGCAUGUGCAUAAGCGUCCAACUGGCUAUUUGCUCGAUGACGCUAUUUUACUAAUUCUACCAGAAUGCUUCAGUUUUUUGCUUUCUUGUGCAAAUCAGACCUUCUGCUGUUUUAAUCCUGGCUGGGAUUUCCACAUUUAAAUAUGAAAAGAAACACGAACUGUAUUUGGGUUUUACUAUUUCAAAACAUAACGCCAUACUCCUGAUAAACUGUACCGUGUUUAAAUAAAGUAUUAUUCUAUUCUAUUCUAUUCUAUUCCAUUCCAUUCCAUUCCCUUCCCUUCCCUUCCCUUCCCUUCCCUUCCCUUCCAUUCCAUUCCAUUCCAUUCCAUUCUAUUCUAUUCUAUUUCAUCGUACAAAUGGCCUAUUGCAAGUUUACGGAAUGAGCAGCCAGCUUAGACAUCAACACAUUCUAAAUCUAACCGUCCUCUUAUGUCUAAAUGGUUUACCAAUCUAAUUAACAAAUCUAGGCCAAAGGUACAAUAUAAGAGUCACCAAACUUUCUCGCGCUGACCUUUCUAUUUCUCUUUAUUUAUAGUGGAUGAAACAAAUGUGGUCAAAAAACAGAGAGUGUUACGUAAACCAGCAUGGUGUAGAUCCAAAGGAUAACUGCAAUCUGCUGAUCUAUUUCAGUGAGGUGAUUUAAUUUAAAAGUGAUUUGUGUAAUGUACAAAUUGUGCCUCGCAUUCCUUUAAUGGCCGUUCACCUAAAUUUGUAGCUGGGCUACACUACUAUGGGGUGGGUGAUACAUCGACGUUACACAUGCAUAUUAUUCUAUAAGGACAGGUUGCAAAGUUUGGAAGAUAAUGGCCAUAGGCCUACCAUCUUGUUCUAGCUCCCCUAGUUCAGACAGACUUCGGUUAUGCAGGAAAUGAGAUUAUAGAGUCUUCGAGAGCCCAUGGUGAAUUCUCCAAAGAUUAGAGGCCCUCUUAUAAGAAGAGUGCCUUACAGUGCUGGAAACUGCGAGAGCAACUUGAAUUGAAUGACGAGGGAUCCAUUAUUGCUUCUGUUCCUCUACAGGGAAGAAAUUUGAAGCAAAGAAAUGAAAAACAUGCGCAGAGUACUUCUCCCAGAGUAUAAGAUAUUUCUGCUUUACUUUAGGCUAUCCCUUCAUUGUCAGCCAAACCUUUUGAAAAAUAGUAAGGUUUCUUAAUAUAUUGAAUGGUCCUGUGGCUUUAUUUAAUUUUCAUUUUGAAAUUCUUUUUUCUUACUUUUUAAGGUGGAGAAAUGGUGUCCAACGUUACCUUGGCGAAGACAUUUCUACCCUUUUAAAAAGCACAGUAAUAAACUGGUUUGGAGAUUUAAUAAUCAUUUACUUCAGUCUUAAAAACAAUUACCAGUGAUAUCUUCGCCAGUGCAGUAUGAACGCUCUUUUAACUUCAUGUUUUAUUUGUUAGAACCGCAACGAGAGUCGGUAUGACAGUCAGGACAAUUUGUCUUAAACUUCUUUAUUCCAAGAAGAAAACAUGAACGUACAAAACGUAAAAAUAUAAAUAAACAUAGAACUGAUGCUUUGCUUUUACGAAACACCCCGUCUAGUGGUGUAAAAACUAGCGUGUUUUAACUGCCUGAUCAUUUUCCUGAAAAAAAAAAGCGUGCUAGUGGCUUUUCUUUCCUGAUUAGAAGGCAGGAAAUUGUAUCAUUCCACUUCAACCUGGUAAAAAACUAAAAUAGAUGACUUUUACUUCACAGCUUUAUGUCCGAGACGAUCUCACAGAAUUGAUGCACAAAUUGAACGAAAGUAAAUACCAGUUCAUGAGAGACCGUAUUUCAAGACUUUGGCCAGAAUGGAGGGCUGCAGCUAAGAAGCUUGAACAGCAAAAACCAAGCUUUGGAAAUCGACAGAGAAAAAACGUAUGUUUGACGAAUAAAGUGAAACCUCACUAGUGCACGCUUUAAAGAGGUGUGAUUCACAUUGGUUUUUGUAUUCAUUAUCUUUGUCAUUUUAAUCAUCAUCAUCGUGACCAUCGACGUCGUCGUCAUCGUCAUUGCAUUAUCAUUGUCAUUGUCAUUAUCAGUUUUGUUAUCUUUAUCUUCAUUAUUAUUACAGAAAAUCAUAGAUAUCGAAAAAAGUUCGGGUCUUUGCACGCUACGUCAGGAACAACGACGAAAGCCUUCCCAACAUUUCCUGAAAAAAAUGUUAUAGACUUAAUGGAAUGGUUUUAAAUAUGUACCAAUAGCGAGGACAUAUGUAUGAUUUUUAUUCGUUUGGUUAUUCUUGGACAACGUUUUUGGAGGUUAUUAAUAAUAAUAAUAAUAAUAAUAAUAAUAAUAAUGCAGUAGAACCUCCCGUAAGCGACCACCCAAAAUGCAAAGACGGAGUGGUCGCUUACGGGAGGUGGUCGUUUACAAUAAUUGAACCGCGGGGGUCUCCUCUGAGAAGAAGUCCAGGCACAUCUACUUUAUGGAAGAUAAUUUAUUGCAUGCAUUAUCUAAGUUGGGAUAUGUGAAGUUCCAUGUUGUCACUAAAGUUCGUAGUAGAUUCUAAUUAACAUAGUGCACACAGCGAAAUUAAAGAACAGAGAAUGCAUCAGGUGGUCGCUUACAAAAGGUUAAAAACGAUGGAAAAUCAUUCACUGUCAGGCCUAAAAAGAGGUCGCGGUCGCUUACAGGAGGUGGUCGUUUAGUAAAAGUUGCAACUGUAAGGCUUUGACUGGGAAAAUUUUGGUGCUUCGGAUAGGCGGUCGCUUAUGGAAGGUGGUCGCAUACGAGAUUUGGUCGCACAUGGAGGUUGUACUGUAAUAAUAAUAAUGAUGAUAAUAAUGGUCUUUAUUGCACACAAGGUAAAGAUACAUAUCUUAUGUUACAACUGUCAUGAAUACACUAAUCAUAGAAUCCUAACUACAGUAUAACCUCGAUACCUUGAACUCGAUCGGAUAACUCGAAUUCCCCUCUAACUCGAACUACAUUUCCUUUCCCUUGAUCAAACAUUUCACUGAACUUCAGCCCGAUAACUCCAUUUCCCCGCUAACUCAAACUGCUUUUCGUCUCCCCUCAGAGUUCGAGUUACCGGAGUUCUACGUACUAAGGUUUUGUUUAAAUACAUUAAUCUAUUUACAAAGGUAGACAUGAAACGCUCAGUGAAGGCAAUUGAUAGCCAGAUCUGAGUGAAAUGUGCAAAACCUCACUCCCGAAAAUACAAAAAAAUCGAAUGGAAAUUAUUAUAAAAACUCCAACAAUCUUGAAUGGCAAUGAAAUCUAGAAUUUUUUCAUCUCUCUCGGCCCAUAAAAAUUUUCUUGGCAAUAUCUUUUUCUUGUAAAAAUUAUUUGUCUUGGAUCAGCCUGUUAAAAGAUAUAAUCAGCAUCCAUGUUUGAGGUUGAACAAUUUUGUUUCGAUAUUAACUCACAAGAAUUAUUUAAGCUUUAUUCUAAAGAAAGACAAACAGAAGGUUUAUUCCAUCUCCUCUAAUUUUACCGGUUCCCUGGCUAGAUUUUACUAUUCAUGGGAGCCUUUGCGUUCUAUAAACAAUGGCUGGAAAAAGCGUAUGAUGGGGUGUCUCUAGGGGAGAUGGUGCAGUGGAGUGAUCUGAUAGCUUCAGUGUACGUCCUUGGACAUAACAUCACUUUAUCAGCCGAGCAAGAUACAAUAAACAGGUACUUCAGCACAUUGAGCAUAAAAAAGUAUAACGACCAGUGGGCUAAGCUAAAAUUAAUGUUUUGGUUACUUCAGGUUACUUCAGGUUCCCGCGCCCGCUUAAAAAAAUGGCCGACAAACGGGGGAAAAACUCCCGAAAGGUUUCAAAGGUUGAAACCAGGAAUCUUACCUAAACACUGAGCAGGAUAUUGUUGCCUUACCACCCGGGCCAAACGUAACGUUAUGAAGCCCUUUGACGUCCUCGCAACUUCUUGAAGUUGUCACUUCAAAAAACGAUAAAUCGUUGACCCUCUGCACGGUAAACUUAUAAUGCAAAUAGGCUUUUAAAAUUCUUACUUUAAAAGUCUAGAAUAAACAGUGAAAAAUAUUUCCGAAUAAAAUUGAUUAACUGCGUAUCGAAAAGUGUCGAAAACCUGAACCUGACAUCGUCGCAAAAAGUGAUGCGUGUAAUCAAUUUGAGAAGCAUUUGAGCUUAAAUUCAGCUUGGAUGUUGUAGUCACGAUCGUUUUUUGAACUAAUUUUAUACUUGAACAAACUCAAAACAGUAGACAGAGAAGCCGUCUCUUGAAAAUUUUUAUUCAAAAUCCAAAAAGUUAAUCCUUUAAAGCAAUUCGGAAAACACUAUCCCGAUCGUGGAUCCGUUCACGCAAGUGAAAUCGGCUGAGCACGUGUGGCUCUUGACAAAACCCAUCUCAAAUAGGGGCACAUUUUGUAAUUUUUCUUUAGCGCCGAAGAGAAAAAUUUAUAAAACGUCUACGAAACAUUUAAAAAUACAUAAAUUCCCUUUCCAAAACGUAAUUGUCUUGGCCAUACAGUGCAAAAUGUACCUGAAAAUUCAGCAAAAACUUCACUGCCUUAGUUGCAUUUCAAAACAGACCAGAGAUCCGGCUUGAAGAAAACAAGGUUGAAUUCCUCGAAGGACGGUUUCUUGAUGAAAAGCUUCCCUUCCUCCCCAAAAAGAAAGCUGAGCAUUCUUUUAAACUUUCUCUUUCCACUUUUUUGUCUUUUAACGGUGUAUUUUUAAGCCUGAAAAGCAGAACUCUUGUCUUAAAACAUCUGCAUGGUGAUCACACGGCAGCCAUUGUGUUGAAAAUAGAUAUCUGUCACCAAGGUUUCCAAAUAUGGUAAAAGUGAAUAUUCACGAGAAUUGAACGUGACUUACACGUUUCAACCCCUGAUGAGUUUUUGGUUCUAGCGAGUAGGAAUUUUAAAAUAAAAAAGAUUGAACUACGUGUUAGUUACAACUAACGUUUGCUAUAAGAAAGGGAAUAUCCAGGCUGAUCGGAGAGCUGAAAAUUAAAGGAAAAAAACUAAUAAAUUCUAAUGAGAAAUGAUGUAAUGUAAUGAUGUAACAUGUCACGAGCACAAGACAAAGAAAAAACUGAGUUCCCGAUAGGAACUGAACUUAGGACCUUCCGUCCACCGGUCGGAUGCUCUAACCACUGAGCUACGAAGGACUCGUGACGAGCUGGGACAGAAGAAGGUUCAUGUAUGACAUGCGUCCUGCGUACUGCUAGGAUCAGCAAUGUCGAAAUCGUCAUGCGUGUGAUAAUUAAAGAAAUCCAAUGCUAAUUCAAUGAAACUAGAAACCAAAAUGAAAGAACACAAUUCAAGUGUUUCCAGAAACUGUUCAAAGUCUAUGAGAAAGUAUGAAUGACUAGCGUCACAAGGGUGCUCAUUGAGAGCCCUUCAGCUUCCAACGGUGAGAGUCCCGUUAUUGGUCUGCGCUUCACACUUCUACCAGUCCUCUCGUCUACCAUUCUGAUUAGUCCAUCCUGUCCUGGAUACACUGCCUCGAUCCGUCCUCUUUUCACUGAUUUUACUUCCUUGUAAGCUUCUGGAGCUUUUCCUUACUUCCUUUCUGGCCACGGCUCCUCUUCACCCUCAUGUAGAAACAAGGGUCCACGCCACCAGCAGUUGUCCCAUAUUAACUAUUAACUUAUCAGCAGGGUUAAGUUUAGUUGGAAUGUACCCUCACUGAUUUGGACUUGAAUCGUCGUAAUUUUUCCACCCAGUGGAGACAGCUGUUUGUAGUUUCGGCUCUAUCCUUGAACCCAAACGCCCGACAUUUGCGCUGUCCACCUAAAACGUGGCUUUACCCAUGGGAAUCUCGAGUGCUCUGCUUAUCUGCAAUGUUACAUCUCCGACUCCACCAAUCACUUCUUUCUUAGGGUAAAUCAAAUGAUAGUUAUCUGUCCCAAGCAACACAUCAAUCCUCCCCCUUCUGGCCAACUUCGAAAAUGGUAUGUCCUGCAAAUGGCUCCACAGGCCCUUUUUCUCGACCCAAAUGCAAUCAACAGCUUUCAUCCCACCACAAAUCUUUUCCCAAGUCUGUGCAUCAAUCUCGGUGUGCACUCGUCCAUCUACACUCUCUAAUCUAAUGUUUAAUAUCAUUGAGGGAAAACUAACUUGCUAAUUGUUGGUAACGUUUACAGUUAUUAACUAUUAAUCUCUCCUUUGACACCGAGUUCCUCAACUACAUCUUCAUCCACGUAUGUGGCAUCCUACCCUCAUCUAAAAAGAAACAAUUCACGAGUAAGCGCUUCUUACCAUGCUUUAGAAUUACACGAACAGUUCGUAGCGCCAUCUUUUUUUCCUUUAGUAUCUUGAGCGAAAUUGAAUUAGCGUUCAGUCAGGGAGAUAUCCUUUUUUGGAUAUAGGUAUCGUGCGUUGUGAUUGGUUGAGAUCAAAACCAAAACAAAGUAAAUUUGGUCGAGAGCUACUGGAAAUGAGUAAAAUUUAAACAAAUUGUUGAUUUUGAAGGAUGCAAUUAUCAGUGACGUCAUCAUAUAUCCAGAAAAGGAUAUCUCCCGGGCUGGUGUUAGCAUCCUCCCGUGGUGUUUCCGCUCCUUGAAGUGCCAUUUAUGAGAGCUGUUUGGAUUUCCUGGCUUUGUUGGUUUCUUCCCGCUCACUGAAUAUGGGCUGAUUAAGACUGAGUUCCCUGUGAACAAGGCUUAGAUAGGUUUCCUGUUUGGUCUCCAUGUAACAGUCGGUUAUGCCUAUCCUUACAUCCGUUGAUAUUACACACUCUGCUUCUGGGACAUUCCUCGCCAAGAUGAUAAUCACCCCAAUACCUGUUACAGAGUCCUAGCUUCUUUGCAGUAUCCUAUUUCUCCUGAAUACUUCUUUUCUUAAAAAAUCGCACUUCCAGAUGGCGUGACUGUCACCAUACACCACAUAAGCCUCUUUCUUCUUACCAUCAACUUGGUUAGUUCCAUAGGAUCUACCCCUUCUCCCGCCUGAUUGGCAUGACUUUCAAGGGAGGUUUCCUGACUUCAAACCGUGUUUAAGUUCUGUGGCUUGCAUCUGAUAUUCAGCUUCUGUGAUGGUCCAAUAUUUAAGUAUAAUUACGGACUAAACCUUCUGAUUUUCCUUAACCCAUCGAUAGUAUUGAUCCAUUAGUUUCUCAGGCAGUUUAUCUAUUGAAUAAUAGUGUAAAGUGUUCUUUCUUCUAAAACCGCCUCUCUAUUGUUCUCCUGCAAAUUGAUGAUUACUGCCCGCUUUACUACGUUUGCAAACGUUUCCAAUUCUUAGGCCUUUUCUUCUCUUAAAGGUUUCAUUUCAAGCAACUGUUCUACAUGGCACCGGAUUUCCCGUCUAUUUUCCUCCAUAUUUCCUCACUAAUGUCGCUUUCACCGCUUCAUACGCAGCCUCAGAAUAUCCUAAACUUUCAAUUGUUUCUAAUGCUUCACCUGACAAACAGUCUUAACAUUUUGAACUGAGCAGACAACGCAGUUGCAAUUGCAUCCACGCAACUCGUGAAUGUUGUGUUUCACUUCUGAAAUUCAGUUUUGCUCCCACUAAAUGUUGGGAUGCGAACUGUUUCUAAGUUUUCUAUCCCACUUUCACCAUUUUUGUUAGUCAAUUUGGUGUUAGAAUUAAGUGAACUAACUGAAUAAACAUGUGUACCCACCGGCGAGGUGUUGCGUGAAAAAUAAACUGACGUCAACAUACGACGAGCGGCGUUAGAGGCCCUGCCAGGGUAAAUUCCGACAAGCGACAUGACCCAAAAAGUAGCGACAGAGCCUAAAAUGAAAUGGCGACAAGCGACAACCUCCCGCUGCCAAAUUGCGACAGUGACGGCAAAGCCGAGAAUAUGCGACAAAGAACGGUGGUUUGGCUAAUUUAUCACCAGUCUGAAUGCCUAGAAGAAGUAAUUUUCGUCAAUUUUCCUUGCGCUUCAGAGGUUGUCUCUCGUCGGGGAGUUUCAGUAGACCCUCCUGAGCGCGUCGCGUUGGCCCGUCGCGUAGUCUUCAUUUACGCAACCCCGCACAACUCCUGGGAGACCUUGGGACUAGGUUGUCCGUCAAAUAGGUUAAUUUACGCUCGCUUUACAUCUCUUGUAAUCACUACUUUCAUAUAGGCUAUGACGCACCUUGUUUUCCCCCUCAGAAUUUUGCAUAACCAAUGUUUCCAAAUUCUCCAGGGUAUUACAGUCGUCCCAAGAGAAAUCGAAAACAAUGCUUAUGCAAAGUUUUGGGGGGUUAACAAGGUGAAUUAUGGUCUAUGUGAAAAUGGUGAAUACUUUGCUUGUUUCUGAACUUCUCAUAUUCUUGUCGACCUCUGUCGGACGAUGACGACGGUGGAGAGACCAGGGACCAGGGGCCCGUUUCUCGAAAGUCCCGGUAACUUAACGGGCCCGGAAUCAUAUUUUUAAAUCAAAGUCUCAAGAAAAGUAGGGUGUGUUCUGACCUCUAAUGAAGUCCAUUUUGUUUCGUUAGCUAAUAACUCUACUGUAUAAUUUUCAAAACUUUUAAAACUCCCUUCUAAAAUGGAAAACAAAACAGCUUAACGGGCCCGGUAAUUACCGGGAGCUUCGAGAAACGGGCCCCAGGUAACUUAAACACCGCACAGCGUAGACCACCGUUAACCGGCCUUCACGUACGAUUUAUCAGGUCAGUUAGUCUUAAAAUGUUGAACGUGGAUCACUUAGGGUGUGCUGACAGUGUUCCUUUAAGCGAAUCCAAAAACGGAUUUCUGAUCCCAGAUUUGCCGGAUUUCGCGGUCGAAAGGAACGUGAAAUCCGAAAUUAGAUUUGUGACCUUGGUAACCUUUCGCAAACGCGUGCAAUAUGCAUGACAGACUGAGCCUCUCAAGAAAUGACAUGUUUUCUACUGUUUGACAAAUUAUGCGAUUAUACCGUGCAGAAUUUUGUGGUCGGCAGUUCGAAUAACGAUGAUGGAACAUAAACAGAUCAAAAAAGUAGCGUGUUAAAGUUGAAAAUUAUCUAAAGGUUGUCGGCUCAGUUUGAUCCAGUUUCGUAGCUCGGUUUUCUAUGUAACACGAUCGAGUGCCUAUCGCGUCCAAGAGCGAGUUUGUAGAAAGAUAGCAGUUAUUUGUCCCUUUUACUUAUUUGUGUUUUUAAGCAAUCUUUAGCGACAAAUGGUCAGCACAUGACAUUUACUGUACCACCAUGAGCAAUCUUCUAGUGUUUUCAGAUGUUUUACGGCAAAUGGCAGCAAUUAGGAAACUCUACGGGAAUACUUCAACUGGAAGUACAGCUGGCAUCUGACUAAUUUCGAAUCCACUGUGAAUGGAACAGCGUAGAUGACUAAUCCGUUAAUCUGGAUUCGGAUUCUUCGGAUUUCAAAUCCAAUGUGAAUCCUUUUUCAAAAAGGAUUCACCAGAUCAAAAAUCCGAAUUUGGAUUUGCCGAAAGGAACGUGAAAUCCGUUUUAAGAUCCAAAUCCGUUUCUGGAUUCACCGAAAGGAACACACCCUUAAUUGUGAAUGGCGAUGUAUAGGUGUUCUAUACACGAAAGGUUGACUGAGAAAUUGCUCAACUGUAAUGGUUUCUUUAAAACCCAUCGCUAUCCCCCUUUUCUAAAAUUCCGACAAAGACAAAGAAUUUUCGUUCAAUUUCCGACAGCGACGUGAAGCAUUAAUAAACACCGACACGAGACGUUUUAAAAUUCAGACGAGCGACAUGGGAGCCCUCCCUGGCAGGGCCUCGCGUUAGCUUCACUUUCAAUUCUCUUUUUUUUUUUUUUUUUUUUUUUUUUUUUAACUCGUCCGCUUCAUCCCCGACUUUCACCUGCAUUUCUAGGUUUUUCUCUUGCUGAUACAACGCCCCUAACUCUUCAAAGAUUUACAUGGUUUUUUCAUUAAGUCCUUCCAAACGUUCCAAUUUCCAGUUUCUAAUUCAUUUAGCUGGCUUGUUAUCGACGCUUUCAACUUACGUUUUCCAGCUUUCAAAUUUUCCACUUCCGCAACUGAACCUUCUUCUUUAUCUGACACGUUUACACUGAUUUUCUACUCAAAAACCACGAAAUUUCCUCAGAUAAAUUCAUGUCACCUUGCCAAAAAAGCACAACAACAACAAACGCUGCCCAAUGCUCCACAAACCUGAUCCAAAGAUGAUUUGAAAAUUGUUUUUCCUCUAAAAUUCCAGCUUUUAAUCCACUUUCUGUUUCAAAAUCCUGCUCGAAGGACCAUGGUAGUGUUUUUCCUUGGGUUUCCACUCAAUGUCCGCGAAGAAUCCCCUUCAACGAAUGCAAAAUGAAGUCACUACAACUUUAUUUUUUUGUCCAACAAACCCACAAACCUUUUUUAACAUCCGUGGACUCUAAUGUUGAACUGUCAAUCACAGAAAUACGCGCAAACUUAACUGUAAAUGGGGAAUACAAAUAAUCCUGAACAAUUACAUUUACUAAAACUCUCCGAGUUACAAUUAUUGAACUCGGUGAAUGGCUGUCCGCCCGGCAUUCUAUAUCAUUCAUCUUUUUUUUUUUUUCAGAUUGCUUGAUGCAAAGUCCGAAAAAAGACGGUGUGCAACUCGGCUUUUACAUAAGCCUUUCGAUUUGAUUUAUACUGAUUAUAUUGGUACAAAUUGCCUUGGUAACAAACUUGGAGCAUCAAGGACGCACUUUAGGUAUAAUCAGGAGAUUCUCUUAGUGCUAUAAAACAGCAUGGUAGUUUUUCCAUUAUUAUUGUUAUCCCUAUUCAGACCCAGGGGAGGGUUUUUCAGACCCCCCCCCCCCCCCCAUCCCACUUCAAUAAGAAGUUGAAUAAUUUAAAAACUAUUCAAGCUAUAACCGAGCUUUCCUGAGAACGUCAACAAUGACCUCACCAUGCGCCCGCCGAGUAUUGACAGCCUUGUUUUUAAACAUUUGCAGUUUCUAGAAAAAAUUAUUCCUUAUUAAAUGAUUAUAUUACGCUUAGUUUAGUAGGUAAGCACUAAAGGGUUACCCGACUAGUUGGGUCACCUUUCUUGCCGAGAAAACUUUUUGUUUCUCAUGUAAACGGUUCAACACGUUUUGUAAGGAAUUUUAUGAAAAGAUGGCUCACCCAAGUUUCUCGGGUAAGCGGGUGAUUCUUCACCGGGGACAACUUUUCUGCACACACAUUUGUAAACGAGGCCUUUAGAGAUUAAAACGACGAUCGCAUUAAUAUCUAUUCCUAUUAGGUUUAGCAAUGUUUGGCGUGCAAUGGGGGAAAAUAUAUACCAAAAAAAGUGCAGCACUACAGUUUUUGUUUAAUUGCUCAUUACUUUUUUUUUUUUAUUUUCACGUUUUUGUCGUCUUCGUGGUUACUCAAACCCGUUAUAAACGUUACCAUGCGUUACCACGCAAAAAAUCUUGAAAUAAGAUAAUUUCCUUCAAAAAAUUACCGAGGAUUUGAUGAAAAAGACGUAUGCAAAGUAGCUACCUUUAUAUACAUGUCAAUAGGGUGAAAUUUAAAUUUUACGAUAACUGAGCGAAUCCUCGAGCGCUGAUUGGUCGAGAGCUAUGGUCUACGAAAUUAUUAACCAUGAAAAUGACGUAACAUGUCACACAGAGCCGGUUGUUUUGUUCGCAGGAAACUAAGAAUAAAUGUUAUUGUAAAAACCAAAUCGACCACAAUAUUUCCUAUGUUCUACACUCUUAUAGACCAUAGAAAUGACGCCACAAAAUGUUCAAAACUUUGCAGUGAAACCAUUCUCCAGCGGCUCGUGGUUCCACUUGAGUUUUGAACAUUUUAUGUCGUCAUUUCUAUGGUCCAUAAGAGUGUAGACCAUCGAAAAUUGCGGUCUACUUGUUAAAGGAACAGUAUGAUUUCUGAGGUAGCAUCACUUGUUCUGUAAUGGGAAAACAAGGCAUACAAACUAAAAAGGUCUAUUGAUUUCUGUUGACUGCUCUUUUAUCGAUAAUUCCCGUGGCAAAAUCUUCGAACGCACAAGCAUUUUGAAGAAAGUUCAUCUUAAAAUGAAUUAAACUGUAAUUAACAAUGUAUUAUGCAUGUCAGCUUGUGUCCUUUCUUCUAUAGAGAUUACCAUGCAUGCAAUUGAUUUAUCAAUAAAUUAACUUAACUGAUCCUUGUUCUUUUUUUCCGUCAGGUGUAAUUUAAGGAUUUUGGACUCAUUUGGUACAGACGCAGAAUUCAACUGCCCCGAGUAUAAAGUUCUUGAUAAAUCACUCAGAAGUAAUUGGGGAGGACAGGAUGUACAUCUUCGACAGAUAAUGACUAUGUUUCGUAAGCAAAAGACACAAGAUUUUUAAGCUCAGCAUUUCUGUGACGUCAAUGUAACUUUGCGUUGCUGAUUUGAUAAUGCCUUUAAUUUGUUAAAGGCGUUCGUCUCAGCUGGUUUAUCGUAUCGAGAACUCCACGCACCGUAAAUUUUGACUUAACUUCUCAAUUUUUUUUGAAUUUUUUUUUUAACAAAAUACAUGUUAAAAUCCUUCUUGAUACGCUGUUUCAAGUGUUUGGGUUUUCUAAAGCGCCUCUUUAAUUUCCCCUUACAUCUUUAUUCAUAACAUUUUAAAAAUCCGACAGUAGUAUACCAUGUUAUUUUUACGCCGUUUUGGUGUAUAGGUAUAGAUAUAGGUAUAAGUAUAGGUACAGGUAAAUCAUUGAUAUGGAUAAGGGUCGAGCCUAUGACGUCACCCAUUGUUAUAACCUAGGGACAAAGUGCCUUCCUGCAGACUAAUUCGGUAGAGGUUUACUAAUGAGCGUCUCUCUACUACAAAAGGAACAAUAGGCUUGCCUAGACUUCCCCGGUAAGUAGCUUUAGAACGUCUAUUCAAAAAAUAGGAAUAAGAGGAGCGAUCAUCUAGCAACGCGAGAAACGGCUUGUCUUCUAUUUAGCGCUAAGAAAAAUCGGAUAUAUAAACAAAAUCACACACGAGAUACCGUUUUAAAAACUUUAUUGAAAACCAAUGACAAAAAGAGUAAUACACAUCGAUUUAAAGGGAAUGAAAAAUUUAUCGUCAUCGUCUUCGCCCAUGACUGCGGGGCCAAACCACCCACCAAAGGGCUUAUUAAGGCUAAAUUUACGUAUUUUUCACAUUUCUUUUCAUUUCUCGACCAAACUUGCCAGAUAGACUACAAUUGUUGACCAAAUGAUGUUAAGUUUUUGUUUGACUCAAAAUGUUAAAUUGUGACGUCACAAAGGCUGACGUCACCAAAAUGGGUUAAAUGCAGUUUAUAAUUUCAAAGUCAAACUACAUCAUUUGAAAGGGCUUUAGAAGAGGAGUAAAACAGUGAAAACCGUUUCUGGCUACGACACGUAAAACCCGACUUAUAAGACUUCAAAGAAAUUUGAUUUCACCCUCCCCCCCCCCCGGAACCAUACUUUUCCUUAAAAAACGAUUCACAGUUUUUGGCAAAAUGAGCUGAUUUUCCGGUGACACAUACAUUUUAUAGUUGGCCAAAAUCGUAUCAUUUUAGAUUUUAGUUUUUUGAUGCAAAAACACUAACUUAAGCAAACCAAAAUAUUGAUCACGUGACAUUUUAUGACGUCACAAAACUGUUUUCCGGGUUUUUGCGCAGUUAGGAAUUUCUUUUUUUCAAAGUUUUCUUUUUCCUUUAGCUUUCGACAGUAAAGAUGUGUUAUGUGUAACUUAAUUAAUUAAACAGCAAGGGUGACUCGACAAUAAAACUCUAAAAUUAAGACUUAUUCUAAAAGCGGGGUACCCCGUUUUUGUGCUCCGAAUUUAUCCAAAUUCAAAAUUUCAUAUCUUAGCUCAUAUUUCAGAUACUGAAAAAAUUUUUCAGCUUUCAACUUCCCUUGAAUAGUUCUUUCAAAAACGAGAUAAAAAAAUUGGGAGAUUCAAAAGUUUAAAAUUUACGUAUGAAUGACGUCAGCAAUUAUGACGUCAUAAUUUGACAUUUGGUGUCAUCCUAUGAGCGAUUUUGAUUGGCCUGAUGUUUCGUAUUUUCAGGCCAAGUUUGGUUGGGAGAGAGUGAAAGCAAGCAAAGUUAUUUUAAAUUAUUCGCAAUUGUCACGUUUUGAUAAGCCAUUUGGGGGUACUUGUAAGGUUUGACUCGAAAUUUCUUAUGUCGAUUUCUUUUCCUCUGUUUGCCAUAAUUCUAUCUCAAAGAAGCGACUUACUAUUGAAGUAUCAGCGUUUCAAGCGCCGUUAGUCAGUUAACGAUGAGAGUUAAUAGGCCCACCGUUUGGAUUAGAGAUUCUAUUGAAAUAGUCAAAGAAGGUAAGCUUUGUGAAUAAUAGAAACAAUAGAAAUGUGGUGGUGGUUGUAUAUAGUUUCACUAUCCACGAAGCUGUGUUGAAAAAAGAAAAAGAGUCUAGGGUCGAUGCAGGGUCGAUAUGAGGUCGAAGUAUUUGUGGAUGGAAAAAUAUAUAGUUUAAAUGAGAAGGCGGAGGAGGAGGAGGGAAAAUAAUAAAAUUGUGGAGGAGGCGGGAAAUCAAGAUUGAGGGUGGAAAAUAUAAAAAUUGUGGAGGAGGAGGGAAAGCGAGAUUGAGGAGGGAAAAUAAAAAAAAUUGUGGAGGAAGAGGAAAAUAAAAUAGAAUUGGCAGGGAAAAUAAUCAAAUUGAGAAGGAGGGAAUUCAAGAAUGAGGAGGAGGUGGGGAAAGAUUAAAAUUGUGGAGAAGGAGGGAAUUCAAGAAUGAGGACGGAAAAUAAUAAAAUUGUGGAGGAGGAGGGAAAAUAAUAAAAUUGUGCUUUUAUUGCGAGAAUCAAUUUAUUAGUCGCGUGUUUCAAUCGAUUCUUGUUAAGUUAUUAAUUGUUUUUUUUGUGUGUGUUUGUGUGUGUGAGUGUGUGUUUUUAUAAUAAUAUGUCAAAGUUCUCCCUUGGGGUAUUUACUGCAGAGCUGAACUUAUUGGUAUGCAACCAUGGGCUUGUUAGCUCGCAUCAUUAACUGAGUAACGGUCAGUAAGUCUAGUAAGUUGUUUCUUUGAGAUAGAAUUAUGGUAAACAGAGGAAAAGAAAUAGACAUCGACAUAAGAAAUUUCGAGCCAAACUUACAAGUACCUCAUGGGCGAAGAAGAUGACGAUUAAUUUUUCAUUCCUUUCAAAUCGCUGUGCAUUUCACUCUUUUUGUCAUUGGUUUUCAAUGAAGUUUGCAAAAAACGGUAUCUCGUGUGUGGUUUUGUUUAUAUAUAUCCGAUUUUUUAGCGCUAAAUAGAAGACAUAAGCCGUUUCUCGCGUUGCUGGGUGAUUGCUCCUCUUAUUCCUAUUUUUUAAAUAGAGGUUCUAAGCUUACUUACCAGGCAAGUCUGGGAAAGCCUACUGUAGUAGCGAGACGCUCAUUCGUAAACUUAUACCGAAUUAGUAUGCAGGAUGGCGCUUUUUCCCUAGGUUAUAACAAUGGGUGACACCAUAGACUCAACCUUUAUCCAUAUCAAUGAUUUACCUAUACCUAUACACCAAAACGGCGUAUAAACAACAUAGUAUACUACCUCCAGCGCCAUCUUACCCUGGUCCCAGAGGUUUUUCUUGAUUUUUCUUCGCGAAAGAGAUCAACAGCAAGCCGCGAAGCGGCGACAACGAGUCGCGUAAGCGACGAGGAGAGAGAGAAAAACCUCUGGUUACCUUGGCCUCGAAUCUCACUUUCAUGCAGACGACAGCUGUCAAACGCGUCAAAUUGCUAAUAAAAAGAGUGACCAAUGGCAACUUAGCAAACACGUGCUUAUCAGCCGCUAUUUUUUUAAGUGGGGGUAGACCUGGGGAAAUUAUGUUAUGAACAAACCAUCUUCACUUGGGUGGUAAAGAGUGAUUUGUUAAUCGGGGUCAAGCUAAAGCAUGUGUUAACGAUGGGCGACAAGAGUCCAGGAAUAAGAAGACCACUUUAUAAAGAAACCGACAUUGUUCCAAACGAAUGCUGCAGGAUUUGCAGAAUUUAUUUGGGUAUAAUAACAAGGAUUUUUCAGAAACAUUGUCAUCUGUUCUGUCGGCAGUGUGCCAGCGGGAAGUUGUAAAGUUUGCAAGAGUCUAUCAAUCGCGCUUAUUACAUUGUUUACUUCUGCGGGGCGCGCCGUUCGCGUCGAUUCGCGGGCAUUCCCCUGAAAAUAGUAAUAUUAAUAUGUAUUCUGGCAAUCUGGCUCGCAUUUUGGUUUGGUGGCUCCAUUUCCUUUUUUUGUGGAACAACGACGCUAGGAAGAGUCAUGCAGCACAACAAACCCUUAAGGUUCGGAAUGUACUUUCAGAGGUUUUUGUUGGCCCAAUAGACCUAUUCGGCUAACUCAAUGUACCCAAUUCAAACCCUUUGGGAAUAAAACUUUUUGUUUCAGGAAUUUCCAUAUCAUUUAAAUGUGAAUGCCACAUUAUAAUGCAAAUGCAAUACACAAAGAAUCUUAUCCCCGGGAGAUUUGAAUUGGGUACAACAUUGAGUUAGCCGAAUAGGUCUAUGCCAAAAAUAGCGUCGGUUAGAUCUUUUUUGGGCGUCGCAGGAAAAUCAAGCUGCACCGAAAAUGAUUACGCACUUGUACAAAGUUGUAUGUUUUUUUUCCUACAAGGAAACUUUCAUUCCGUAUUCGGAGAUUUUUUAUUUUGCUGCCCUAAACAAGUUAGUUUAUUUAAUGGAAUGACAGUAUUGUAACAGGAAAUAUACUUUCCAUGUCCGGUUGAUAAAAUGGUGAACACAUCCUUUCGACUCAACGCAGCGAACAAAGCUUUCUUUUGUUGCUCAGUGAGACUUAGGAAAGCGCUCAUUAAGUACCGAGGUCAAAAUUUCUUCGAAUAUUCUUUCAGGAACAACAUCCAUGGCGUGCCUCUACGUGCCUUGGUCCCGUGCAAAUGUUAUUGCGAGUGCAGCAUACAAACAAUUUUCUUCCCUAGUAGAGAGAGGCAAAAUGAGGUGUGAAAAUCCUCAGCGUCCCCCCGGUAGUUACAAUUAAACGAGCCAAUCAAAUUGGUUUGCGCGUUUGAAAAACUAUCAACCAAUCAACGCCCGAGGGUCAGAUCCUGACCCUGUCGUCAGCAUGAAAGUGAGAUUCGAGGCCAAGGUAACCAGAGGUUUUUCUCUCUCUCCUCGUCGCUUUCGCGACUCGUUGUCGCCGCUUCGCGGUUUGCUCUUGAUCUCUUUCGCGAAGAAAAAUCAAGAAAAACCUCUGGGACCAGGGUAGCGCCAUCUUGGCACAUGUGAAAUUAUAACUAACGCUGAAUUCGGCGCAAAAAUUAAGGAGUAAUUUUUAACCUAUUAUAUCAUUGCCUAAAUUUUCUGUUUCUUUUUAGCGCACAGCCCUGACAAUCUGUUCCUUGGAUUUGUUGUGGACAAAGCCUUGGCAGUAGAAGAAAACAGAUUGAAUUCGUUUAGUCAAACAACCAAUAUAAGCAGUUCCAAGCCGAUUGGUCUUCUUUACGCCAAAAAAGCUUCAUAUCUAAGAGUAAGUUUGCUAGUCGUAAGCGACUUUUUACCAAUGUACGGUGUUGAUGAUGUAAUAUGGUGCGUUCUAUCACAAUGGCCGAUAGUAUUUUACUAGUGCAAAGCCGUAUUCUUAAUUAAAGAGGGUGGAGGAUAAAACUAAUUUAUCAGAAACUGAAUCAUUGGAUAAUGCAAUUCUAGAGCUCUGAUUGGCUUAUCCUUCACGGUAUAUGAGCAUUAUACCAUGCUCUCCAAAUAUGGUAACUGUACACGUCUGCUCGAAAUUAAAAAGAAGCUGAAAAUCGGUAGUUUUUACAAAUAAAGUCGGCAAGAAUUCUCAAUAUUUUGUGGUCGUUUUUAAUAAAACAAUUAUUUCACUCGCGCUUAUUAGAUAGCCAACUCAUAUUCAACGCGCACUCAUGGAAUAAUUGUUAAAUAUAAUUUUCAGAAAAAAAAAGCUCUCUUAACUGAAACUAGUCUAUAUCAGGGGCACCCAACGACAAUUUAUGGAAAAUAUCUGUUCAGAAGACGAUUUGAGAUCUAGAAUUUUCGGAACAUUUGUUGUUAACUUUCUUGCUUGCAUGCCUCUCUUAGGAUUUUCGAACCUCCCAAACAUGGUAUAAUUGCCCAUUUUUAACGGAUUUUUACCGCAAAAAGGUCACCUAGAAUUUUCGGGAGCCUUUUUUCUGGAUGAAAUUUUUGAAAAGGUAAGUUUUGAUCCCUAUAAUUUUCGGAUCACUAGACUUUCAGCUAGGAAAUCCGAACAGAUGAAAAAUUUUUAGGGGAUAAAAAUAUGCCUAUAUCUACCGUUUAAAUUCUAAAAUACGUUCAACAAUGCUAUGUUUAAGUGGUUUUGAACUAUAUUCUCGUUGGGUGCCCCUGUUAUAUCUAACACUUUUGGUGCCUUUGAUUACUUGUGAACUUACUAGUACUUUUUUUGGUUUUUUGCUUAAUUGAUCUACUCCAGGGAAGGAGAAAGUACAUUGAUGUUCUCAGCAAGUAUCUAGAGAUACACGGCACGAUCGCAGAGAAUGGAACUGAAGUAAGGUUAUGUUAACGACGGUAGGGUGUUAUGUAGUCUGCUACACAGCCGUUUUUAGUGUCGUCACGCAACGCUCCUCCCCACUAGAGGAGAGGAGCGUUGCGUGACGACACUAAAAACGGCUGUGUAGCAGACUAGGUGUUAUGGGGCUUGGUGGCGUCUCGCAUGCCUGGGACAGCCAAAUUUGGUUUUCAAUAGAGCUAUGGAUGAGGGUACCGUGGCAAUACUAAUUACUACCAAGAGCCAUAAUUACUUUUAUUAAUUACAAUAGCACGCGCGCUCUGAUUGGCUGUUUUCCUGUAAUGACUGGACAUCAUUACUAGCUAGGUGACCAAGGCAUGUACAAUCUGUGUUUAACUUAAUAGUAGACAUCCUUAUGAACAUCCAUGUUAUGGUCGAUUGACAGGGAAGAGAGGUAGAGACGUUACAAUAACUAAAUUUUUGAAAUUUUGGGAUGGAUUCAUGUAUCCAUUCAGAACAAGAUAAAAAAUGCCCACUUGCUGAAAAUGAGCUUUUGGGUACAAACUGGUGGGGAGAUAUAAGCACAGUUAUUAUUCAUUCAAAAUAUUUCUCCGUUUCUGAUUGGCUAAAAUCCCACGCAUAAUUCAUCAUAACCACCUAUUGUCGACCAAAUUUGGAAGAAUUUUGCGAUAUGUGAAAAAAUGACGUCUAUCGUGCAGCAAAUUGCCCUAUUAUUGAACAGUUAACCGAGAAGACCUUUGGACGAGGUUGUGUUGUUUUUGUAGUCAGUAAAAAAAUCGCGGAACAUUUCACUCUUUUCACGAGGAAUAAAUGGGCGAACUAUUUGUUAAAAACAUGGCAAGAACAACAAGACGACAAGUCGACGGACGACAUCUGCUAUUUGGAGUCAAGAAUAUUUGCGGAGCUGCCGAAUAACCCUUUAUCUCCUAAACUUGCUGAUUAUGCUCUAUCGAAGAUGAACUCAACAUCCAUGGAGGUAACCAUGUUUUAGCUUUUUUUUAAACUAGGAAUUAUUUUGAAUGAAAAAUAAAACAACUAUAUCUCCCUACCAAUUUGCACUCGUCUAUAUAUAACUGGCUGAUUUUUGGCAAGGGGGCUUUUUCAUCUUCUUCUUUAUGAAUUUGCCAAACAAUCCCAUAAUUUCACAAAUUUGACUUGCUGUGACGUCACACUUCUCUUCUCCCUACCAUCUUACGCUUAACUAUAACUUCCUUUCUUUUGUCAGAACUAUAAAGCACUUGUACCAGACUACGUUAUCAAUCACGGAAUAAUGAAAGGAGGAGACCUUCAUAAGCUUUUGAGAACAGCCAAAGUAUGUAUUAUGGCGCUAAGAAAAGGUGUGACAAGUGAAUGUCCACUGGUGAACUGAAAUGGGAGCACAAUGACUGUCCAAUUACCUCAUUGCAAAAUCGUAAAUGUUUCUUACAUCAAGAUCACCAUCACGUCCUUUCAUGGGGAAUGUUUCAUGUUAAUUACAUCUUUCAGAUAUAUGCCAACUAGCCUUUGUGCGGAGGGUGGCUUGAAAAAGGAUUGUAACUGAUUUCUGUUUGAAAACUUAUUAUAUUUUUGACAGGUAUUUAUUGGCCUGGGCUUUCCGUAUGAAGGACCCGCGCCCCUCGAAGCUAUCUCACAAGCAUGUGUUUUUAUCAAUCCAAAGGUAUGAUUUUCUUAACUGGCUUACCAGUUUGCAUUACAGUAAGCUCAGUCUGCUUAUAAGCAACCUUCUAGCAUGUACUUGACUUCAUUCGAUUUUUACGACGUUUUGAAGAUUAAAAAAGUGAGCAAAAGCACUUGAUCAGCAUUGCUAUGAAGCUCGUUUUGAAACGGUUCUAAGCCUUUCCCCCCAGCGUUUCAAGGUCCUACUAAAACUCUUUACGACGUUGUUUGAGCCUGGAGGGCUGAACUUUACGGUAUCUUAAUCAGCUAUACAAAGUGAAACGAGUGACACGAGUGGCAUAAUACACCUUCUGUUCCGGCUCUUUGCGACCCCCCUGCCCAUGUUUUGUAUGAGCAUUAUUUUCGUAUCCAGGGUAAAUUGGAAACAAGGGGUAUGCAAAGUUUUAGAGGUAAAAUAAGGUCUAUAUAACGGGAAAUGUGCAAGCGUAAAGGCUGACGGAUAAGCUUAUCCCACUACGUACAAAUGGAGUUUCAGAUUAUACAUUUAUAUAUCUAUGUUUUUUGUAGUUCGAUCCUCCUCACAGCCGCUCGAACACGGGCUUUUUCAAGUCAAAACCAACAUUUAGGGAGGUUGGUAAAGUUAUUGACUAGUGUUUACCAUAUUAUAGCAAUAUAACGUUGAUUUGACAAUACUACCAGUAGGGGGUUUUGCUCAAAAAUAGCUUUUGACGUCAUGAACUGACCUGCCAUUCCUUGUAAACAUGGCAACCAACUGUCUCCAAUAAGGUCUUUAGAAUGAAUAAACAACCACUUUAUAGAAGUUCUGACUUACCCAUUUUAAAAUGGGUGAAAAAUUGUUGGCCCAGUAGCAUUACCUUUUUUACGCGGAGGAUAAAGGCCGCAAAAAGGGAAACACUUUUCUUGCAACCUUGUUGCAAAGAAAUUUAAAUAGAUUACUUGUUUUAUUAAUUAUGAGUAAAUUCACGCCUAACAGUUUUAGAAUUAAUUGACUGUUAAAUAAAUAACUUCAUAUUUUAAUAAUUCAUUAUCUUAGUAUUCUAUUCGGCCCUAUUGCAGUCAUUCAAAAAUUUGGCUACCAUGGUAACUUGACGUCACACUUCUCCUCCCUAUUAUGCACCCUAUUGAAAGUGUCAUUCAUUCAUUCACCUAUUCAGGUGACGUCACAGCACCCAUAUAUGGAGACAUUCAUUGGGAAGCCUCAUGUUUACACUAUUGAUGUAAAUAAUCUUGAUCUAGUGGAAGCUACUAUAAAGGAGAUUAUAUCGUUAGAGGUAAGGUAGUUCUCAGUAGAGCAAACCUUUGAACUUGACUCCUUUACCAACACAAAACCUUUAUUAUCUAGCAGGACCAAAACUUGUUGCUGGCCAUCUUUGUAUGUUCUUCCCUUGAUGCUUUUUGUUUGUUUGUUUUUUUUUUCCAAGGUAAAACCAUUUCUUCCUUACGAAUGGACUCCAGGAGGCAUGCUGGAACGUUUAAACGCCUUCGUUGAAAAGAUGGUAAGUAGCUAAGGUGGCAAUACGAUACCAAUGUAACUAUGGCUACGCAUGCCAAGUAAGGUGUUUAAAGCCGCGAGCUAAGAAGCCCACACGGACGAAGCUUAGCCAGUUUCUUCAGCAUGAAGUAUCGAGGAGGAUUCCAAAUAACCGCUGAAUGGGAAACUCACCAAUCACAUGGACCCGGCCGUAGUAGUAUGUCGCCGAUACUCACUUAUAUACCUUGAUAAAGACAGAGUGUAACAAAGUUUCCCCUGAAAGGAAACAAUGCGAAGACAAGGUGCCAUGUCGGUGCUACCGAUCCGAAGUUUGAGGGGUUUACAGCACGGCCACCACCAACGCUGAACACACCACUGUAACUAUAAGGGAAGAGUAAUGUGACAUUUACUGUACAAAUUAUUCCAACAUUGUGGCAAAUUGAGUCAUCUUCAUUGUAAUUGGCCUUCAAUGUACCUUUUCAAGGAAUAAGUUCUUUUAAAUCCUUUAGAUGCAAUCGAGUCAGAUAGGGCUAGUCAACGCAAAUUUUAGCGAUAAGAUUAAUAGUGCGACCAUUUCGGAAUAAGGUGACUAUGUGGUUUUGAUUACUGAACGAUAUGUCAUUUUUCCAGGACUUUUGUGAGCAUGGGGAACAAUGGCCACCAACCGAAGAAAUGCAUCUGCUGUUAGGCUCCAAAGGCGACUCCUGCAAAGAGACAUGCGCUAAGAAUAGUAUGACAUAAUGGUAGUUUACUAUUUACAUGGGCAAACAGUUCGAUGCACAGUUUUGGCAAAACAGUGGGGAAAAAGAAUAACUCCAGACGGUCAAUUUCAUUCCGGUCUGCUGGACCGGCACCAUGCCAUUUUUUAUUUACCUUUCAAUCGGAUUUUCCGCAAACCUUUUGUAAAUGGUAAACAGUUAACUUCAACAUACACAGUAUAUGACUAAUGUAAAAAGACUUUUCGACGGGGACUAGCUGUAGCCUUUCUACAAAACCAAUAUAACUUCUUUGACUCAAAAUGUUUAUUCACUUGCUGAUCGUGGGUUACAAUUCUCUCUCAAUUCUCUCUGCCUAUUCCGCCCAUUGCUGUUCCCGUUCUUAUAUCAACCGAAAAACCAGCUGCUUGAAAUGAGGUAAUGCGCUGACGUAAGUCUUCUGUGAUUGAUUACAGCGGACUAACUUGCAUUAAACCUUCGCGAUGUGAAGUGGUGAUUUUAACUUUUGACUUUUCUCUAUGAAGUUGUAGUUGUCCAGUCAGUAUACAAUAAGGAUAAUAACGAUAGCGACGAUAUAAAAACUAUAAAGAACUUAUUUUGACGUGAAUUUUUGACAAUAACAACUAGAUAAAAGUAUUAAAAUUACAGUUCAGAAGUUUCUUAGCAGUUGUUGAAAAUUCAAGAGGUGUUAAGCUUCUUGUCGAAAAGGAUUUGGUUAAACUUUUCCAUAAAUUACCUGAUGAUGUGUUCGCAAAAUCGAGCAUCCUGAUUAAAAAUACGUACGUGGUCAAAAGUAGAAAUUAUAUCAAUAGAUGUUUACCCAGCAAGCACCUAGAAAAAUAGGAGAUAUCUCACUCUUUUUAAUUAGAGUAUAUUUUGUUUUAAGUAGAAACUAUCGACUGACAUGAAUUCGGUUGAGAGUGCGCGAAAAUAACUCUAAAAAUGGUCAAAAAUAAAGACGCUAGUCUUUUCCUGGAAAAUACUGAUAAAAGGUGAAAUUGAGGACAAAAAUGUCAAAUUGUGUAAUUCUUAGACGUAAAUAAGGCUUUGUUCCUUUUGGGGAACUUAAAUUAAACAAAUUUGUAUUACUUUAGAGGCGUACUAAAAUGGGACACCUGUCUCGCACCGAAUUCAUGUCAGGAGAAACUUUCUAUUGAAAAGAUCAUCAUUUAAACUUAUAAGCUAAAAGCAUGAGUAGAGAAAUAACUUACUAAGAUUAAUAAACAAGAACGCUUACAACAACUUUACUACAAUUAUGUAUCGUAGCAAAUGCCACGAGUGCUAACGUAACUCCUCGAUCAAAAUUUUCCUAACAAUACCAAGGAGAAUGAAUCAACAGAAAUCAUUCUCUCAUUUCGGGAGAGGAUAUCUUUUGAUCAGUGUUGAUGCGUAGUAAAACACCAAGCAAAAUAAGUCAAAUUUUUUGUUAUGAUAUUUCCCUUCAGCUAUAGAUAUUUCCCGAACCGAAUGAAUUUUUGUAAUAAAUCCCGAACACCAAAUAAAAUUCCUUUAAUAAUUUUCAGUCAAAAACAUGCGCACUACGAACAUUUUUCAUCGCUUUUAUUUUUAUUGUUUAACUCUAAUUACUGAAAUUCAUAUUGUCUGUUGGUUGAUUUUUUUUCAGGAUUUCUAUGUGAGCCAUCCUUCUUCAAUCACAUUAACACAGUGGAAAAGUUUGAAAAGUGAGUGACUGUCAGCCUUUUUUCCACACCUAAAAUGAGGGAAUGACCGUACUCACCUGUCCUUAGCCCUCCACGUUUCUCCUGUAGCUCAUUGGUGUAGCAUCUGAACUGGUAGCCAGAAGGUCAUGGGUUCGACUACUGUUGGUAGUAGUCAAAUCGGAUUUUGUCUACCGAGCCGCCUGUGUCACUGACUGAAAAAUACAUUUUUCUCGUGUAUUCGUCAGGAAUAAAAUUCACCAACUAAUAGUGCAUAAAUCUGACCUUUGGGGUUUACAGCGUUGUUACUGAUUAGCAAUUGCGAUCUUUUCUUUAUGUCUCUGUCCAUAAGGUGGAUAGAAACCUGGUCCUAUCUGCUAGGAAAAUGUUAUGGUCAGUGAAGAGGCGACAUUGUCAAGUAAAAAUGCCUCUUGUCUGUCUCUGAACAAGUUCAACUGCACCUGCGGCAGCCUGACUUGGCCCGAUUCACCUCGUUAGCAUGUCACUCUUGUAAUAGAGCGAUUUUCGUAUGUCCUUGAAAAAUGGUUUCGGUAAAUGUUUGUUAUUUGUUUUAUCAGCCAAUGGAUGAAAAGAACAAAACAUGGAUUCUUCGUUUUCCCGCCAAAGAAAACCCUUAUAUGGAGAAGGCAUUGUUCGAUUGACCAAUCAUGUUACAGUAUGACGUCAAAGCGAUUUCUAAAAAGUUCUUCGGGCAUGAAGUUUUUCAGCCGAGCGUUCGCUUAACCAACCAAAAGCCAGGUGCGUUUGUAUCCGUUCGAUAAACCAAUCAAAUCGCUUUAUUUCCGUUCGCUAGUUGUUUCUGUUUUGUUCGCGCGUUUUCAUUUCAAGGUCAUACGAAAAUCGCUCUAUAAAAGAAUCGAGGUACAGUUAAACCCGGUUUACGGACACCCGCUUAAAACGAAAACCUCGUUAUUAUACACAGUUUGCUUUGUCCUUGGGGGAAGAAAGCCCUUACUUUUUCUAUAUAUUCAACCCGUCUUAUACGGACACCCCGGCGUUAAUACGGAUACUUUCUAUGCCCCCCUAAAUGUCCGUAUUAACGGGGUUGACUGUAUUUGACAUAUAGUUUGUCUUGCCUAGGUUUGGAAUAACCUGUGAUAAACAAACGAAGGAAAACAGACUUCAUGCUCCUUCAUACGCUCCAGCGGAUGAAGCUUGCACAUUACAAGGAAUGUCUCUUUUAUUUAGCUGUGUAUCCAAAGAUCCAGAACGCAGGCGCUUAUGUCCAUGUCGAGAUUACCAAGAAGAACAAGUAGCGUUUUGCAAAAAUUGCAAUUGA